AUACACCGACGUGACGUCAUAGAGACGCGGCGGAAGAAGAGUGUUUUCGCCCUAAAGAAGCGCCAGCUCUCAUUGAAUGAGCCAAGAUUUAAAUCAGCCUUUAUUUUAUCUUUCAUUUUAUAUCCUUGCAAAACUUAGUUAUCCGCUUUUUGCGUUGGCAGACAACGCCAAAGCUUUUGGCUUGAGGUUACGGUUAAACGCGAGGAGGCAGGCUGGCGCAGGUUGCAGGGUGCUCCUGGAUCAUGAGAGACAGUGGCAGCAGCCUGGCUCAAACACACUGGUCCAAUGAGCUGACGCUGACCGCAGGGCAGGAGGGCGCUGGGGGUGGGGGGGGUGCCAUAGGAGGUGGCCAUUUAAUGAAUCCAGCCAUGGCCCAACAUGCCCCGAGCCCAGCCCACUUCAAACUGGGGCGCAGAGAGGAGGACGUCAGAAUGUGGGGUGCAGACUAUACUGUCCGUGAGGUGAAGGACGAGGAGGAAAAUGUGGAGAUGGAGAGUGAAGAGGAUCUGGUGGACAGGAAAGCCGAGGGUGGUUUGCAGUGUAAUGAUAAAGGUGACGAUGAGGAGUGGGGCUCGCCAGAGCACUCAAAGCUAGUGGAAAUGGAUGUCAGUGUUACAGAUGACUUUACCCUCUGCUUGGCCCAGACUAGCCCCAGUUCGCUCAAAGAGAGGAAGCUAGCCCGGUUGCGGUAUCAGGGCCAGAGGUGUUUGAGCGUUCGCUACCGUUUGGCCCAGCAGUGGAGAACUUGGCGUCAGCGAGCCAAAUGGGCAGGAACUAUGGGAUACAGGAGGGUACGCAGAUGUCACAGACGCCGCCACUCUGGCAGUCGACUUUUCCAGAGACCGCCUGGCAAUUCAUUGUUAAAUGGAGACCCAGAAGGACUUUUGGGGACAACAGAGGAGAGAGAAGCUGAUUUAUCUGGCUCCUGUAGCACAAAUGGGAUUCCGAAAGGAAGGGAUGGUAUCCAUGGUGCAAUCAUGGGGGACAGGGAGGGACGGGCCUCCCCUGCUACUGUACAGUCUCAACGGGAAAAGUCCUCCCCACAGAAUCAGCUUAGCAGCGAACACAUCUCUUGUGUACAAGGUAUUCUGGACGAGUUUCUCCAGCAGUAUGGGAGUUUGAUUCCCAUCCAUGUGGAUGAGGUGGUGGAGAAGCUUCAGGAGAUCUUUAACGAGAGCUUUUCAAGUCCUCAAAGGAAGUUAAUGGUGCAACAUUUAAUGCAGUCCUACCAGCGCAUGUCCGGAAGUGCAGUGAUGCGGGGGUUUCGUGUAAAUUACAAGCGUCACGUCCUCACCAUGGAUGAUCUGAGCACACUUUAUGGUCAGAACUGGCUCAAUGAUCAGGUCAUGAACAUGUAUGGGGAUUUGGUCAUGGAUGCUGCUCCUGAAAAGGUCCACUUUUUCAACAGCUUCUUUUAUGACAAACUUCGCACGAAAGGUUACGACGGGGUCAAACGGUGGACAAAAAAUGUUGAUAUUUUCCAGAAGAAGUUCUUAUUGAUCCCUAUUCAUCUGGAAGUACACUGGUCAUUAGUGUGUGUGAAUGUUCCUCAGCGUAGCAUCACAUAUUUCGAUUCCCAGAGGACCCUCAACCGUCGUUGCCCCAAACACAUUGCCAAAUACCUGCAAGCAGAGGCAAUCAAGAGAGAACAGAAGGAGUUUUACACAGGGUGGAAAGGCUUUUUCAAAAUGAAUGUGGCAAGGCAGAACAAUGACAGUGAUUGUGGAGCUUUUGUCCUUCAGUACUGUAAGUGCCUGGCCCUGGAACAGCCUUUCAGCUUCGGUCAGCAGGAUAUGCCCAAGCUACGGAGACAAAUGUACAAAGAACUGUGUCACUGUAAACUGUCUCUGUGAGACCGUGACAUCUUACACUUCUAAAUAAGCUCCAAGUCCAGACAGCAUUUAGGUGGGAAACGUGCAAACGUUUUUAACCCUCUUUUCGUUCAAUGACUUUGUAUUUUGACUUGGUGAAUGCCAUACUCUGUUCGGCCCAGUUGUUUGUUUGCUCAGAUCAAAACGCAAGAGGAGUUGUUUUCUAGAAGUGGGAGGGGGAGCUGACCUCAGUAAACCGUUCAUUAGGUGCCGCCAUUUUGUUGGCAAUUCUAUUUUUUAUUUUUCAUGAUCUUGAUGUCAGUAACUUGUAUGUUAAAGGUAAUACCAUCGACUGGUGAGGGAGGAGACUUGCAGACAUUUUAAAAAUGUAAUGCGAUAUUCAUUUACUGAGAGUCAAUGCGGACCACAACACUAUAUGAGCAGUUUUGUUUGUUCAAUAUUGUUUGUCUGUUGUUAUGUACCUGUGCGAUUUAAGAUGCAAAACUAUGGAGAUGAAAAAAGAGCAGCUGUAAAUUAAACUGUUUUAUAUCUUUUGAGAUGCAUACGUUGUUGUAAGAUGUACUAAUAAAAAUUAAGAAAAUAA